UGCGGUGAUUCCCCCAGGUCACGCUGCUGCUGCCGGCCUCUGCCUGCUGCCGUUCCCCGCCGUCUCCUUUAUCCUUCCUACGGUCUUCAGGCUCCUCAGCAAGAGCUGCAGUGGGCGAUACCAAGCGAGGCCCCGAGAGGUGGAGGAGCAGAGGAUGGGAUUCCCCUCGUGUUGCUGUGGAAACCGUUGGAAGGGAAGCAGCAAAACCGGGGCUGGCAGGGAGCGCUGGGCGGCGUGCGGAGGCAGGGCUGAGCUGACAUCACGAGGCGAGGCGGCGUGGGGAAGGGAGAGCGAGGGAGGCUGCGGAGGGGAGAGAGCUGCACCGAGUGGGCUCCGGGCAAGGAUGUCAGUGCGUGGGAAGAGCCUCCAGGAGUGUGCAGCAGCCCCAGUCCCUCUGGAGAAGGGGACCAGAGUUCCCUCUUUGGAUAAGAGUACAAACCUUUAAACCUUCAGCACAAGUUUGGAGACCCAGCCUCCCUGGGCUACAUCGAGCUGAUAGGAAGCUGUAAGCAGAGCUUGUGCAUUGGAGCCGAGCCCAGCAGUGUGCAUUUGGGAUGGGUAUCCUAAGCUACGCGUCUCAAGCAGUCACAAGACUUACCCAGCCUGUGCAGGAAGCAGUCAUCCUGGGAAGGCAGCCUGGUACAAAUUUAUUGCUGGGAGUUCUCCAGAUGUGGAUCCUGUGAAUCUGCAGACCUUGGAGGCAGAAAACAAAGCCCUUGAAACGUUUCGCAUGUCAUGUUGUCCUUUAGUGUAACGGUUGCAAAAAGGGGAUCCAAUUUGUUAGCAGAGAGAACAAGGAGGGAUGGUCACCUCUGUGUCCUGCAGCAUCCUAGUGGAACCCAUUUUCAGCUGGCCCAGGAGGAAUUUCAUCUCCUUCUACUCCAAAAGCUGGGCUUGUUCAUUAGUGCUGGAACAGCUGGUGGUGUAACAGCUCCGAUUCCGUGGCAGAGGGGUGAAUGGACUUCACAGCAACAAAGAGGACGGGCUGGGCACUCUUCUGCCCAUUGAGACCCACAGUGUGUAUCCGACUGAGCAAAAAACUUCGAGGGUUAAAGCCCAUUGCUGGCAAGCCCUGCAGGUAUCACAAACCAUUACUGGGGAGGAGAGAGAAGAGGCACAGAACAGAACUUCAGGUGGAGCUGAAGAAACUUUUUUUUUUUUUUUUUUUAACAUCAAAGAACACGAGGAACCAAUGCCUCUGUCACAACCAUUCUGUUGAAAAAAGUUUCACGUUUCCUACGUUUGUGGAAUCACAAAACGUCACUUAAGGAGCUGGGGAGAGCAGUGGGGCCAUGGAGCAGUCAGGAACGCCCAAGCAUACCUAAGAAAGCAGACUUGUAGCAAGGAGCAGAAAUAUACCUUAAUUAGGGAAGGCUAUUGCUGCAAGACGCAUGAUCUUCCCGCACACAGAUGCUGGCUCAAUACGGAGCACUUGGGAGCGGCCCAAGUUGGCCAUACUGUGGUAACUCUGCAAAAAGCAACAGCUUGUGCUGCUGCGUGGGACUUCUGCAGCAGUGCUGUGCUGGAGGCCCCCCCACAGCGGCUUUUAGCAGAGGGGAGGCUGAGGAGAGGUGGCAGCGCUGUCACCCAGGUGGCUGCGCAGUCAGCUGUGCUGCGUGCCUCUGACGUGGGCAUGGAGGGGGGAGAGGCUCUGGCAGCAGCUCCUGCCAGCUUGCAGAGCUGCACGGAGCAGCUGGGGUGGGAGGGAGGCCCCAAGAGCUCCCAAAUGGGACUCUGCCUGUGCUGGCUGCAGCUCGGGAAGGGUUAACUCUGCUUUUCUGCAGUUCCAGUCCCUGAGGCAGCUGCUGGCCAUGCGGAACUGCACACACAGCUCGGGCUGCUUCUAGGUUGUGUUUCAUCUUGAUUUUUUCAAGGAUAUUCAAAAUGUAGCAGGGCAGCAGCGCCAGAACCUCCUACAAGCAGAAAGCCCCAGUCGCCCCUCCAAGUCCUUGACCUUCCCCACUGUUCCUUUUGUUCACCCCAUAACUUGCCUACGCUGCAGAGGGGAUGAUCAUGUGAACAUUACACAGCCCGGCAUCUGCGCAUCAGCUGAAGCAGCUGAGUGUCCCCAGCGAGCCCUGAGUGCCUUCACGCGAUCUCUCUUCCACAGCUGUGCUGUAUUUCGUGGGUGUUUGUCCCUGCCGUGGGCUGUCACUGCUCGGCACGAGAGCUGUUUGUGGCACUUCUUGUGGUCUUUGCGAGGGAGGUAGAAGGGCAGAUAUUUCCACCUCCCCGGAAUGCAAUAGGUGAUGCGCUGGGAGCUUGUGCUCUGCUGGCUGUUGGCACCCAGCCCGCAACAAACGCCCUCUGAGAAAUAGGGCUGUGGACCUGCAAGGCUCUGCAGAGGGCUGGGGCACCAUGGGGAGCUGCCCUUGUGCCAGGGUCCAACAAGGGCCCUGGGAGCUGAGCCAGGUCCUGCUGGACAUUCUAAUCCUUCCUGUUCCAGUCUCUCUUGGCCACGACUCCGCUGCAGAGAAUGUUUCCCAGUUCCUUUGGCAGAGGCACACACAGGCGCCUGCCCAGUUUGCCUUCACCCUUCCCCGGUGCCUGUGAGUGCAGCAGGGCAGUUGUGCACCCAGGAGUGCAGGUCACUGCGUUCCCAGUGCUGCCCUGGGGUCCCCUCUGUCAUCUCCCCACACCUAGGCUGGAAUUUCCCUCUGCUGAGGCUCCCAUUUGUUUAAUAGCUGAGGUUACUUGAGUAAUCAAUAGUUCCCUGUUCCUUAAUGAAAAUAUUAUCCCUUUAGCUAAACCAGCAUUUCUAACUAAACCUGGCCUUCGCUGUCAUCUCUGGGGGAAAAUUUAGGCGCACUCUUACCCAACUUACUUACAUAGGACUUCGCUCCUUUUUUAGCUACUGCCAGCAUCUUUUUUUUUUUUGUUUUUUGAAACUAUCUGGGAAAGGCUGGAAGCACACAGAGGAGCUGCCGAAGUCAUCUGACUCCUGUCAGUCUCAGCCCCUCUUGGUUCUGCUCCAAGAGCUCAUUCUCUCUGCUUGCUUCUUCAAAGAAGGUGAUGAGGACGGAGUCAAUGGGAUUCAUGUGGCCAAGCGCACUGCUGACAUAAAUCCCAGCCCACAGGCUCCAGAACUUGGCUGAGCUGCUACCAAGAGAAGAAAAGCUUCCUAUCAUACAGCAGGCCCAGUGCAGGGCAAAACCAGGGCUGCAAGACAAGGUGCCCAUAGCAAGGCUCCACGACUGUGAGCAGCACUUCCUCGCGAACACUCAAAGGCAUCAGCUCCCUGGAGCUGGAUUUCCACUGGCUCCGUCCCAGGUGGUGAAUGGCUGGACAGCAGUUCUGGGCUCCAGUUUCCUCUGACUGAAGGAGAUCUCCGUUAGUUCUGCCCCUGGGACAACAGAAACACCCUCACUGCGUACUGCCAGCAUCUCUUCUCGCUUCCAGUAUUUCCAAACCAAACAAGAUCACAAAGAGACUCAAGAGAAACCCGCUUCCCCUCUUCACAGGAAUCCUCUUUCUGCCUCACUUAUGCCUUCGUCGCCAUCUCUCGCACGCCAAAUGCAGGAGCAAACACUGGGCUUUGGCAGGGCUCAAAGCCUUGGCUGCUCAGGCGGGAAAGAGGCGUUCCUGGUCCACAGCCCAGAGGCAGGGUUCUGCUCCCCGUCCACUGCCACGUUCUCCAGCUGCAGUUUUGGUGCUCAUCCUAUGCUGAGAGCACUGAUCCUGCAUGUUGGGUCUGGGCAGCACCCCUGGGUGCUGGUUGUGAAGCCAAGGGAAGCAGGUCAGAACAGCUGGGGCAGAAAGCAGAGCUAUGUGAACCCUGCACGCUGCUGCGGCCGAGCUGCGCGUCCCAGCAGGAAGCCCAGGAGUCAGCACUGCCCUGAGAGGCUUUUCCCCAAAUAUGCCUGACUGCGGGGGGCAGGGAAAUGCAAAGGGAGGCUGUGUAAAGCCAGAAUGCCUCUGGUUUGUGAAAAUAAGGCUGUUGUCGCCAACAGUUGCCCUGGGUUGGCCCUGCCUUCCCACCAGGUGCUCCAUCACUGCCUCAGGCCGUGACUCGGCAUUUACUCUACACUGCUGCAGCUUCCCUGUCCUCUGCUCGUCUUGUUCUGCUCCAGGGCCACAGCAGAGGAUGGUGCACAGGACUGUUGGAAGAACAGUUCCAGUCUGAGCCAGGCCAAGGGCAGGGGCUUGGCAGCCAAGUAUCAGGCUGAGAGACGAUCACAUCUGAGACAAGAGAACUUUGAGCCAGUUUUCAGCCAGGAGCUCAUACAUUUCCCACCUGGUCAGUGUUGGCUCAGCCCUCUGGAAAAUGACACACAUUUUCCUUGCUGCUGGGCCAGAAGUCUGGCAGCACCAUGCUGCUCUCCCCAUCCUGGCUGCUGGAGGGACCAGAAUCACUCCUUUCCCCUUUUCACAGCUGUUGCUGGUUAUGAAAAUGGGAACAUUCCCCAGCCAGUUCUCAGCAGGAACUGCCCCUUCCAGGGCUGACCGCACGGGCUGCUUCUUCCUCUUCCCUCCUGCUGUCACAGGUCUGGGUACAUUCUAGUCCUGGUGAAGCACUGCCCUUCCUAGCUCCCUUUCCUCACACAGCACAUGAGAGGCCCAUGGCUCUGGCCUGUGAAGAGGAGGGAUGUUUAUUUUUUUGCCCCAGAUCUAGAAAAUUCUUGAGCCAAUUAUCCUCCCAAAAUACUGGGAAAGAAAUAAGAAGCCCUGGGAUCUGUCUUGCUGGAGGGAUUCACUCUGCAAGCUGUCAGACUGCAAGGAAAGUGUUCCUGACACCAGCUACCAUCCCAACAGCACACGAGGAAGAUCACACCUAGCAGAAGAGCAGAGGGACGCCGUCAUGGCAUCUCACAAGGCAGUCGUUAUUUCUUGUCACAUCAGACCCAGAGCCCACGCAAUUGCCUGCGGUACAGAGCUCAGGGAAGGCAGGAAGGAGACAGCAGGAGUCACUGCUGCUGGGAGCUGUGGGGAUCCAAAGCUCGGCCAGAUUCACAAAGGGCCGCCCUGCCCAGCAAGCUGAGCGUUGCUGGGAAAUCCCAAAUGGUGCAACUGAGCUGAUUCAGAAAGCAAUUGUCUGCUAGUGCCAAGGUGAGGCUGAGUCACUCCUUCCCUCUGUCUUCCACUUCUGCUGGGUGAAGCAGGAAGCUGAAAACUCCCAGCCUGCUUCUGGGACCCCGGUAUGCGACAGCAAGCAGCUGGGCAGCAAAUACAUGUCAGCACCAAACCCCACUGUGCUCAGUUCCCUUCUUGACUCCCGGCGGCACAGAGACAAAAUUUCCUCACUCUUCAUUUCACAUCUCAGGGAAAAUUUCUGCCACUGGUGUUGACUUAAAUGAAAAGUUGGUAAAUUCAGAAGGAAAUGCGGCUUCAUUAAGUCAGAUGCUAACCUUUGGAACUGCUUUGAGAAUUCUUGAGUUAAGUACAAUAACUGGCUUGGAAAUAUCCUGGUGGUUUUGUAACCUUUAAUAGCAUCUGUACUUCUGCACCCAGACAAGGGUCAUCAGACUGCUCCAAGAUGUGAUAAGAUCUCCACAGAGAAACCAGGGAAGAAUUCUCUUCCUGUCUUUCCUCAUCCUGUUGUGAUUGCCACUGCUCAGCUUCCAUAAAGCAAACCGUCCCAAGCCCAGCGUGGCACGGCCUGGUGUAUGGAGUACAGCAAGGGGCCUGUUCCCCCGCAUCUGACUUCAGUAUGAAAAUCAGCUCUAUGGUGGCACUUCUGGAGGUGGUGAAUGCUUUGGGAGCGUUGCCUCUGAGACAGCAGUGAGACACAGCGUUGCUGAAGGGGCUCCACAUAAGGACUGCUUUUGCUGACGGGAGUUGUGUUCUUGUCAUCGGAAGUCACCCACAAACUUUUCUCUUCCCAGAUGUCAUCUGGUGCUUUGUGGCAUCAGGGCUAAAACUCCUUUGAAGCCAAGCAGCCCCAGAGACAAACCCCAGCCGCCACCUGCCUGUGACAGCAGGUCCCUGGCACUCAAUUCGCUGGGCCUUCUCCCAUUAGCAGGUCACUGAAAGCUCUGGAUUAUACCCAGGCAGCAUGGAUGCUGUAAUAUGCAAGCCCUGAAACUGCAGCGCCUGCUCCACUACACAGCAAAAUAGGUCGUGCAUCAGCAAAUGAAAAAGGACAGAUGGUGUCUGCUAAUACAGCUUAGUUUAUGGCCUGCAGGAUUAACUCACUAGUUGUCAUGCCUGCAGAAGAUAGGAAGUGGGUGGGUUGGGUGGAGGAAACACAGUGUGCCCAACCCUACCUGUAUGUAAGGUGCACAAGCUGGAAAGGAUGUCAGAGAUGCUGUGAGGUUUUAAGAUGCUGCCGAAGGACGGCCAGCAUAGCAUCUCUUCUGGGGCACCAAAGCUACUGCCUCACACCAAGCUCUUCUAUCCAGCUCCCACACUACUAUUGCAAAGGUCAGCUCUGUAAAAAGAUGCUGAGCCAUGCAGGCAUCCCCAGCAGAGACAGGGACACCACCUCUGUGCACCAACAACCGCUCUGCAGGAGAGAAGCCACAGCUUCCUGCCCUGUGCCACCUAGGGGGCAGUCUCCAGUUCAGCCUUUUGAACUCCCGAGCAGCCAUGUGUCUGCAGGAGUGAGACAGAAAGCUGAGGCAGAAGCUUCAGGUCUUUUCAGUGCUUUCUAUGUGACACACUGUUCUCCUUUCCUGGAAAUCAGGCCAGUGCCUCACUCUGCACUCAUUGCAGAAGACAAGCUCUGUGCCAGCAUGUCACUUGUCUGCAUCUGCUGUCUGAGGGCAAAACGAACCCUUCCCCACUUCCCCACAAAUGGUCCUCCUGAAGGUUUCACCUCCAUCUUUGCUAUCCCUGCUGUGGCCAGGUUUGUUCAAACCCUGCAAGGUGCUGAGCUCUCCAAAACAUCGCUGUCAUCACAAGGAGAGGCUCCUGAGGCAGCGCUGGGCUCCAGCCUCGCUGUGUCUCUUGCUCUCCCCGAGUGUCACAGACAGGUGGCUGCCAGAGGUGUUUGUCACCCCCACUGUCUCUUAACCACAGCUAGCUGUCACAGGCACUGGGGGUUUUCUCCAGUGACUAAUUUGCCUGUGUUUAUGCCAACACCAAACACGUAAUUGUCUGCUUAACAGCUUGGGUGAGGAGGGAGUCUGGCUGCCUCUUUGUAUCGUAGGGAUCAAACCAGCACUCCUGAUGGUAGCACCCUGCUGGCUAAACCUUCUCAGAUACAAAUCCUGUGUCAUUAGGGACGGCUGGUCACCAGGAAGAGUGAAUUGAGAGCAGCGAUCUCACUUUUAUCACCAAAGCUGUACAGAGAGUGUGCAGGACAGCCGAUACAUAAGCAAACCAGAACAGCCUGUGCUUUUAUAACAAAAGGAAAUGCUUCUGUGGAGGUGAAAAGCGUAUCAGAUUACUAUUAUAAGCACUUGCUUAAUGCUCCCUACCUUUACGUCAUCACUGAAGCAGACAGCAUUUAUCUCUACGUCCUUGCUCGGGGUCUCCUUCUGGCACGCGUGUAUCCGCAGCAGGGCCAGGCCCAUGGCCCAUCUGGCUGAGACCUGGGGAGACAGGAUGCUGAGCCACUUGGGCACUGAACCCCCAAGUUGUUCCCCCUCAGAUCUCCCCACCUCCCACCUCUUUUGUCAGCUGCUGACAAGCCUUGCCAUGUGCGUAGGUGGCUCCCAAGCUUACAAGAUGAUUCCCCGCAACCCCCAGCCCUCCUCAUAAGUGUUCAGGAUUUCGAGGAGGGGGAGCACAGCAUUCCUCCAUCUGCAAGCCUGCUCUGCAGGAGAUGUGUGAUGCUUUCACAGUGCUCCAUGUGGCAACUCCCUCCCGGGAUUUCACAUGACAGCAUCUUCCAUGGAAAGUCACAGCAGGGAGUGGAAGAUUGUCUGCAGUAUGCGUGGGUGUUACGGGAGAGCAGAGUGGGAUGAGGAGAUGGAGGGGAGAGGGGCUGCAACCACAGAGCAAACCAGAAUCCGAUGGAAAGAGCCUUGAAUUCCUGAGCCCAAGGCUCCCUUCUCCUGUCUUUUGCUCUUCAUUUAAAAGAAUGCCAGUCCCUGUCAGUCCUGCAGAGAAAAAGGGAAUCAAGCAGAAUCAUCUUUGUUCCCUGAACACGUCUCAUGGGACCGCAGGAGGCAAACAGGACACGAACUAACGAGAUCAGUCCAGAGAGUUGGCACAGUGGGGACAGCCCUCCCCAGUCACUGUUGUCUUCCCUGGAGAGAAAUAAACGUCUGCUAAUGGCAUCUCCAUCUGAGAAAUGAUCAGAGUGCACUGUCAUUACAAACCAGCGGCUCCCCAGGGCUGCACAGAAAAUGACCCCAGUGAACUUCAGCUCUUGGAUACACAGCUGCUACCUCAUGUAUACAAAGGAUCCCUCGCUGCUCAUCUCAGAGCUCUCAGGGUGAGAACCUCUCGCAGCCCACAGCUGCCAAUCCUGCUCUGCUGGGACGCUUGGAGGAACGCCGGAGGCCCACAAGCUCCUGAGCAAUGGGGCAAGCAGCCAAGAUGGGGUCAACACUGAGCUUAAAACUCCGCUUGUGCUGCAUGGUCCGACUCCCUCACACCUCUUUCUUGACGCUGAGCCUCUCAGGGUUGUUUGCAUGGUGCACCUCAUUGCACCUAGAACCCUUCAGGAGCCCUGGUUGUGCCACCAAAGCAGGGCCAAAGGUCUCAGCCUGCCCAGAAACCAGAGCUGAGUCAUUCCAGAGUGUUCCUGCUCAGCAACAAGGAAGAACUCCUCAGUUUGAGCUCCUGGUGUAAAGCCACUCCCCUCCUGUCCCAUUUCACCCCAGAUGUGGCCAUUUUGGAGGGCAGCAACAUGAGCUGGGUUUCCUCUGCACUCCAUCUGCUCUGAAGCACAGCCGGUGACCCAUGAAUAACUGCAUGUUUGUUUGGGGGAAGACAGAGAAACCCUGAGAACCUGUGUACUUCCAGGGACGUUUGAGGGAGGGACUCACAAUCAGUGCCAAAACGACCAGGAGAUUUCGGGCAGAUUGAACUCUGUCUGUCCUGCAGACCAGUGACAGGAGGAGGAUAUUCCCCAGAUAUCUGAGUAACCAGGAAAGGGGGGAGGGGGCAGGCAAAGGGGACACGGUGGAAGUGGGAGCUUCUGUUUCCUCAGCAGCAAACCAAAGCUGGUGCUCGUCUGCCAGGGCCCCCCUGCGGCAACAUUCCCAGCCACAGCACAGCCCUGCCCUCCAUGCAAAUACUCCCAGUGUGAGAGCAGUUUCACAAGCCCUUCUCGGCAGCCAGCCUCUGCUUUCACUCUCUGAAUUACAGAGGGGAGUUUUCAUUACAUCACCAGGGUUCUUCCUCCCCGAAGCCUGUGUCAGAGCAGCCACUUUCCUCCAUAGGGACUUUCAGGGUGCGGGCAGCCGAGGCAGUUCCUGGAAGGCAGCCCUGUGCCCCUGAGGUGGGCUCCAUGCACAUCAGCUCCCGUCCCCCCAGCCGGGCAGAGCAGCGCCCAUCGGCAGCAACCGGUGCUGAGACGCAGCGUUCCCUGUGCUGCUGCUGGGAGCCUCCCUGGGAGAUCCAGCAUUUCAGGCAGCUGUGAAAGCUGCCCGUGACAAAUCCUCUGCUCUGCUGAGGAUCCUCUGCUCUGACUGAAGCAGCAGCAUUCCAGCUUUCUGCCAGCAUAAGCAGGAGCAGAUUUGCCUAUCGGGGCUGAGUUUCGUUCUCUGAAGCGUUUGAAUUCUCUUUGUUUUGUUUUGUUUUGUUUGUUCAUGUUUGAAAAUGUCCCUGAGUUAAACAGUCAGGCUUGUGCCAGCUUCCCCACAGCCCCAGGUCACAGCUAACCUCACCUCCCUCCCAGCCCGAUGCCGUUCCCAUCAUUUCCUCUCCCAGCAGCCUUCUUCCGUGUGCUCUCUGUCCCAGCCCCGCACGCCGUGUUUUGAUUUAAAUCUCAAUUUGAAUCAAAACAAACCACCGGCUUCAAACUGCUCCCUCCUGAGGAACGUGCUCCUGGCCAGGGCUGUGGAAACUCCACGCUGGAGCAUCUCAGCCACACAGAACUUGUUUUCAGGCAGCUGGUACAUCCAGACCGUGGCAGUUAGAAGCCCACAUCCACCUGAAUGCUAAAAGCACUGAAUCCUCUCAGCGGUGCGAGGACUGGCAAAAGAUCUGCACAGCACAGGAGCAGGGGAGGCACAGGACGAUGCUAAAGUCAGCACGAGCCCCUCCGAUCUCCCCCUCCACCUCCCAGCCCCACUUGUAUCACAAUACUUCAUAUGAGGGAGUGAGGAAUAAUUUCUGCCCUGUCAGCACAUCACGAGCUGAUGCCUUUCCCAGGGACUCCAGAUGGUUUUGCUCUCUGUGGCUGCGUUACUGGUAAUUCAGGCCCGCCUCACACGAGCUUUAGAGAUGAAACCUUCCCACAAUUAGUUACAGUCUGCUCUUGUGCUGCAGUGGACGCGGGGCUGAGCUGUCAGUGCUGUCUGGGAGCCCCAUCCCACACACAGGCCCUGCCCUGGUUUCUCUAUUUUGGUCAGCAGUGUGAUUUUUCAAGUGAAAUCAUCAGACCAAGACAAUCUCAGCUGCAGAUGGGUAGUGACAGCCAUUUGGAAGCGUCUCAUACCCAACCCAUCUCAGCUAGGAACAGCUGAUUUCAACAUCAUCUGGAUUUACACUGAUGUAACACCUCUUCUCUCCUUUUCCAGCCUUCCUUUCCCACCAGCACAAGGGGAGAGGAUCCUUUCACACAUCAGGGCUCUGCAUCAGAAGCAUCCCAGCAUCGCCAUUCCUCCACACAAGGUGGUAACAGGAGUUGGCAGCACAGCAGGGAUGGAGCUCAGUAACUCACAUUGCUUCGGGGCAAAGCGCUUCCAGGCCCCCCUAUGAUGUCACCGGCCUCUUUUGGAGAACUGCUUUGCUCUCUUGCUGAAUUAGCUUGCUAGUAACAGGGUUCUCAAUCCCCAUUUAGCAGAGUUUAACACUGAGGCCAAUCCCAAGCACGGUCCAAAGCUUGCAGCUGGGCCAAAGGCACAUGCAUUGCAGCUGGAACAGCAGAGCGUAGCAGAGGUGAGGGAGAGCUGACAGGCGCUGGGGAAUGACUUGGAUGCAGCAGGCAGAACUACAAGGGAGGGGGUAUGGCAGGCACAGAACUAACAAAAACAUCACAGAAAGAGGAGAGCUGACGGGGUAGUAGGAGGGAAGGAAGCUUCACGUGUGCGCUCAUGCAGGUGAUUUACUCCCUCUGUGCCUACAUUCAUCCUAUCAAGAAGAGAAGCGCCACUGUUAUCUCUGCUGCACAGAAAGGCUCAGGCUCUGAGCCUGCAGCACAGCACAGCACCCAGGUGCCUCCAGCAGUGCGGGCCGGGCUAGCUCAUUCUCGUUCUGCCGCCAGGAGCAAUGAAAGGCAGGGAGGGAGCGCAAACCGUGAUAACUGUGCGCAAACGGACUUUGCUGAGAGAAGCGGCGGACGUCCCAGAGAGCGCUGAAGCCGCACUCGCCUCGUCACAGAACGACUGCAGAGCGCCCGGUGGGAAGCAGGCAGCCUGCAGGGAAAGCGGCCGUUCUGUGCCGGUACCAGAACCGCCGGCAGCAGCGCACACACCGCCGCCCCGCACCUCCAGCC